ACUGUCAAACGCGCGGCGCCCUUAACACGACCAAACAACUCUGCCUCCUGGAACUAUGGCGACCACGGCGUCAAACCAUUACAGUAUUCACACGUCCAGCGCGUCUGUCGUGCACUCAGAACCAGGGAACAUGCAGCAGGCACCGGCCUACAGUGACGCGCAAAGCCUACUGCAGAAUGAGUAUACCACCCUGCAGAGCAGCGGGAACCCGCUCAGCCAUGCGCAUCAGUGGCUAACAGCACUGUCGCACGGAGAGGGGUCGCCGUGGUCCACCAGCGCGCUGGGCGAACAAGACAUUAAACCGGCACUGCAGGGCGACGCGGAGGAGCUCCAGCACUCGCCCAGUCUGCAACAACAGCCGCGAUCAACUCAUUUGAUCCAUCAAGCGCCCCACGAGGGGACCCAUCACCAAGCGGGGGCUUGGAGGGCAACAACCACGGCUCAUUUGCCCAGCAUGACUACUUCCAACGGACAGAGCAUGAUCUAUUCUCAGCCGGGAUAUGGUAGCCUGGGACCUGGAGACGAAGAAGGAAUGCACCAUCAUUCCCUUGGGGAGGCGCGCGAGGACGAUCACAGCCCGCACCUGAGCGAGCACGGCCACCCGCAGAGCCUCCAUCAGGGACACCACGAGCACUCGGACGAAGACAUGCCGACUUCGGACGACCUGGAGCAGUUCGCCAAGCAGUUCAAGCAGCGUCGGAUCAAGCUGGGCUUCACACAAGCGGACGUGGGUUUGGCUUUGGGAACGCUUUACGGCAACGUUUUCUCUCAGACCACAAUAUGUAGGUUCGAAGCUCUUCAGCUUAGCUUUAAAAACAUGUGUAAACUGAAGCCGCUGCUAAACAAGUGGCUGGAGGAGGCAGAUUCCACCUCCGGGAGUCCGACGAGCCUGGAUAAAAUAGCUGCCCAGGGAAGGAAGAGAAAAAAGCGGACGUCUAUCGAGGUGGGUGUCAAAGGGGCUUUGGAGAGCCAUUUUCUAAAGUGCCCGAAACCCGGAGCGUCGGAGAUUAACUCCCUGGCGGACAGCCUGCAGCUGGACAAGGAGGUAGUUCGAGUUUGGUUUUGUAAUAGACGGCAAAAAGAGAAAAGGAUGACGCCUCAAUGCGGACCGCUCCCAGAUAGCAAGGAUGUAUACGGUGACACCCAACCACACCGCGGAGAUCGGACACCGGUUCCGUGAUUUGGAGUUAACGCAGGCAGCAACCUGAACGGCUAUCUCUUUGUCCCCGCCAAAGGCCCGGUAAAGGCGGACCAACUGCUCAGAGAGCCUACAUGACACCUCAGUGGGACGCGAAACGUAUUGUUACCCAAACAAUACAGACAAGGCAGCGACAAGAUGCGCUUAUGUGAAGCAAAGAUGCUCGCGCUCCAAGGAAACCUAACAGGUGCAAGGCGAUAAUGUCAUUUAUAAAACACCUGAUUAAAGUUUAAGUCCGAGGAUCUGUGAAAAGUGCAUCGUAUCAGUUGGAACCGUAAGCUGUGAAAAGGCGUUAGGGACAUCGUGUUCAAUACGCCAUCUUCCCGUCAUGUCCACUAAACAUGUCAACACUGUUAUCACACUGGUGCAGUGUCUGCCAUUCAAAAUUUCCCAGGUUCUAUGGGAGAAAAUUAUUAUUAUUAUUAUUAUUAUUAUUAUUAUUAUUAUUAUUAUUAUUAUUAUUAUUUUAUCAAAAAUUCCGGCUACGUAUUUAAGUCUAGACAAUUUAAAACAGCACUGUAUGUUUUCAACCUACCUCUUCUGCAUAUAAUGCCGGGGUCAGAUUUGACAACAAAGGCUGCCAAGUGCUGUUGUCACGUCCUGUACAGGCAAAGGAGUUCAGUUUCCUGCAGAGCACGGAUUGGCACCACUAGUGUACAAAACAGAAACCCUUUUUAAGAUGAGGUAUAAUUUUCAGCAAGAUUAGAGUUUUUGGUCGGUCUUUCUCACAAGUGACGGCUGUCUAAUCACCUACAAAACUUGGGUCUACAGAGAAUGAAAUGUAGAUUUUAAUUCUGUAAUACUGAAUAUUCUAUCAUUCCGCAAUAUUAAAUGGUAUUUAAACUGCAGGCUGAAGAUCUACAGGCCUUCACCUUAUCUAGGGGAUCUGAGACCACGAUUAGAAAAUUAAAUAUGGUUACAAAGUGGUUAUUAUUUCCGUGCAUAGAUGAUUAGUGCUGUUUUGCCAAUACGUUUUUUUAUCUUAUCAUUGAUAAGAAGACAUAUAUGCUGUCUUUUAGGAUUCAAUUAUAAUUUUAAAUUUUGUAAACAAACGUAUUUGGAAAAUUAAUAAUAAUAAUAAUAAUAACAAUGAAUAAUUGGUCAGUUUUUACUGCCUACAGCAAUAGAUUUAAAUAGUCUCUAAGCAUUAUGUAGGCAGCUUCACCCUAAUGUAAAUCUGUACGUACUUGUUUGUAUUUUGUAAUUAUCUCUUGUCGACCAAAUUGUCGAUUCGACCAUAUUUGUCAACAAAAGUAUCCUGCUUGCCUUUUAUUUAAAGAAAUAUCCGGCACCAGCCCUGUGGUCAGUGGAUAGCCUACAUUUGAUCACCAAAACGAUUAUUUGAUACACUGAGAACAAGGUUCUUAUAAGCUACUUGGGAUGUAUUUUUUGUACGGUUUUGUGGAUAUUGUUUGUCUUGUCUUCUUAUCUUGGCGCCGCCAAAGCACAACUUCGAUGUAGCUUAGCCUGUUGAGACGAGAAUUGUUUCUGAUUUUGAAAAUACUUGACGGAAAACUUGCACAAUUUUUAAUAUCUUUUGUCAUUAAAGAACCACUUACUUUUA